ACAACUGCUUGCAAGUUGCAUACAAAAGUGGGUAGGGAGGGAGUGAGACAUGUAAAGUUAGCGUGAGUCUAAAAGAUAAUACUUCUGUCUUAAAGUUCGUACAUUAGAAGAAAAUGAUCAAAAACACAAUUAAGAUAUAUGCCCGCGUCAAACCCUCAAAGAAAAUAUCCUCGGUGUACACUGUGGACAAUGAUGAGCAGACAGGCUGUAAUUUGGAAUUUGUGGUGCCUAAGGACUUGGCUUCUGGCUUCAUUAACAACAACAAGGAGAGUUACAAGUUCAGGUUCCAAAAGGUGUUUGAUUAUACAGUCAAUCAAGAGGAGAUUUUUCAAACUAUUGCUAAGCCUGUUGCAGACAGAGUAUUGGCGGGAUACAAUGGUACCAUCUUUGCUUAUGGCCAGACUGGUAGUGGUAAGACUUUCACCAUCACAGGAGGUGCAGAGCACUACAACGACCGGGGCAUCAUUCCCCGGACACUGUCUUACAUCUAUCAGCAAUUCAGCCAGAAUAAAAAUAAUAACAUGGUGUACACCACACAUAUAUCUUACCUGGAGAUCUACAAUGAAGUGGGUUAUGACCUGUUGGACCCCCGACAUGAAGCCUCACAUCUAGAGGACCUACCAAAGGUGACCAUCAUGGAGGAUCCUGAUCAGAACAUUCAUCUAAGGAACUUGUCCCUCCAACACUCAGGGAACGAAGAAGAGGCUCUUAAUCUGCUUUUCCUGGGGGAUACUAAUCGCAUGAUUGCAGAAACACCUAUGAACCAGGCAUCCACACGCUCCCAUUGUAUCUUUACUGUGCACAUUUGUGGGCGUGAGCCAGGAACUGCCCUUGUGCGGCGUUCCAAACUGCACCUGGUGGACCUGGCAGGGUCAGAGAGAGUAGGCAAGACUGGAGUGGGUGGACAACAACUUACUGAAGCCAAGUACAUCAACCUCUCUUUGCACUACCUAGAACAGGUGAUUAUUGCUCUGUCAGAGAAGAACCGCUCUCACAUCCCCUACAGAAACUCCAUGAUGACGUCUGUACUGAGAGACAGCCUAGGGGGAAACUGCAUGACCACAAUGAUAGCCACUGUUUCUGUGGAAAAAAAGAAUGUUGAGGAAUCCAUCUCAACAUGUCGCUUUGCUCAGCGUGUAGCUCUUAUCAAGAAUGAAGCUGUGCUGAAUGAAGAGCUGGACCCUGCCCUGCUGAUUGGACGUUUGAAGAGGGAGAUUCAAUCCUUGAAAGAAGAAAUCAUCCUGCUGACAGGGGAGCAGAGGGAGGAUCAGUUAACACCAGAUGAGAUCCAAACGUUGGAGGAGCUGGUCAAAGCGUUUCUAGAUGACCCUGAUCCAGAAGUCUCAUUGGGAUUGGGGCCAGAUAUGAGAAAAAUUAAUUUCUGCUUUUCUUUGUUGAAGGUAAUGGUACAAGAGAGGCUGUCUGGUCAAAGUGGGAGUGGAGAUCAUUCCUCUUCUGGAUGUAUUGGAAUGUCAGAGCCACAGGAUAGUCACCAUUUAAUGGAACUUACCAAGCUGAAGGAGGCUUUAACACAUCGUGAUAAUGAAAUUAGUAUCCUUGUGAACAUGCUGAAAAGGGAGAAAAAGAGAAAUCAAGAUGCUGCUGCUCAACUGGCCACAAUGUCCAAUAGCUGCAACCUACCUUCUCAGAGAGUAUUGGAGUUGUCUAUAUCAUCACAGGCAAGUUCAGAGGACAUCUUGACCGAACAUGAAGCAUUGACUACUCUACACAAGAGAAGAGGUCCAGUGCUGUCUAUUGGCGCACAGGAGGCCUUUGAGAUCUUCAAGAGGGACAACGAAGAUCGUAUAACUAUUGAGAAAAACAAAGCUCUUCUUAAACAGAGGUUUACAGAGGCCAAAGUGAAUGGGGAGCAGUUGAACGGAUCCAGAACCAAAGUCAGUGACUUGAAAAAGCAAUUGGAGAGGCACAGGAUGCAGAGAGCAGCACAUGGUUUAACAGCGAGUCAAACCUUAAUUACAUCAGAGGUUGAGGAGGUUGAGGAGGUUGAUCAAAUGGAAGAAAGUCUCUGCAAACAGAUUGAAAAAGAGAAAAAAAUUUACAAAGACACCUUUGGCCGCCUGAAAGCUCUGAAGACAGAGAUUGAACAUCUGCAGCUGUUGUUGGAGAGAGGGAAGGUCAAACUCCAGAGGGACUUCCAAGAGUGGUGGAGCCAGGAAACGUACAAACUAGAGACUUCAGAGCUCCAGUCUUCAGGGUCAAAUAUUUCUCCCAAUGGUCAAACCUCAAUAUGGACCUCUCAGACAUUAGAGCCCAUCUCUCCUGACACUACACUGACCAGAGUCUUGUCCACUUCUGAACUUCCACUCUCCUCCCUUCCCCUGACUGGGGACCAGCAGACAGAUGCAGAUAUCCAGGCUUUCAUCAGAGCCAGGCAACAUCUGCUCAACAGGACCGGUACUGUGCAAUGACAGAAUUAAUCACUCACUCGGGGCUUCCUCAAUAAUGACCUGUGAAAAUGACUUUCAAUGGUUUCCAAGUUCUUUUUGGCUCAUGGUAAACUAUCAGCACUUUUUAAGAAAUGUUUUUUAAGAAAAUGAUGUGUCUAGAAAGGUGCAUUUUGUUAAUCCUAAUUAAUUUGGAUGGAUAUGGUCUGACAGUCGCCAGCAUUCUGUCUCUCUUUCCCUCACACACACAUACAUACACAUACAUACACACAAACAUGUGAAAAAACAACUGCCAAAUGAAGAAUGAAUCACAGCCCAUGCUUCAUUGAUUUGAAUUAACAUCAACAUGAAUGAAUGCAUCCAACGUUUGUAGAACAUAGAUGUGUUUCAAGUAGGUAAUAAAUCAUGAUGAAAUGUUUAUACAUGUUUUAAUAUAGGUGGAUAUUGUCAAGUUAAACUUUUUCUAAUGGAAUCAGUAUUUACUUUUUAUGAAUUGUAAAACGGACAUUUACAAAAAAAUGUAUCUUUCAGAAUUAUUUUUUAAUUGAUGUAACUUAUCUCAAGGAGAUGAGGAGAUUUUGUCAAAACAGCAUUUGCAACAGACUUGAGCCCCAGUAGAUGGCUAUACUGAUGACGACUGACACUUGGAGGCAUUCAUUUAGUUUAGACUUGAGUUUUUAUAUUUUGUUGCUUUAGCAUUUUUGUCAUAAGGCUUUUAUCAAACAUCUAAACCCAUUGUGAGCGUCUAAAAAAUCAAUUUAUAUUGUUCUUCGGUGGACAACCUAGACUUAUCUUUAAAAUAAGAUGAAUAACUCACUUGAAAUACCUAACUACUGCACACAUCCACCUUAACAAUCCGUCAAACAGAUUCUGUUGAUGGGGAAGGAGAAUUACUUUUUUGCAUGACUGAAGGACAAUUUGUUUGACAGUCCACACUGAAGUAAAGAUAUUUGCAUACAUGGUCAAAUUUGUCUUGUAGAAAGAAAACAUCUUUGUCCUGGUCACAAUGUAUAUCUUACUAACAUGUCAUGUUUUCAAUUGCUUUUUUUAUUAAUGAUUGAGCUAUCUGAAUUUUGAUCUUUGUAGGGUAAUUUGGCUUUCCUAUGCUAAAACCUUUUCUCAUUGCUUGAAGGAGAACUUGGUAAACUUGUUUUAAAAGUAUUUAAAUGUAAUGUUCUGUACUUCAUCUAUUAUUCUACUAUUAAACAGCAAUUCAGACCUUUA